UUGAAUCACUCGUCGACCUGGGAACAGUGCAGUUGAGGCGUCCCUCUUCCUGAGAAAUGGAGACAUUAACUGAAGUAUUGAACCUUGGGUGGAUCGACGGGAGAAGCGUUUUGGUAUUUGUGUGCGUUUUCUUGUUGUUUGCUGACAUCUGGAAGAACAGAGUCCCGAGAAACUUUCCUCCUGGCCCGUGGUCUCUGCCCGUCCUCGGCGACCUUCUCCUUGUCAACCCGGCCAAGAUCCACCUGCAGUUGUCAGAGUUUGCAAAGAAGUACGGAAACAUUUUCAGCCUACGACUCUUUGGUGAAAGGGUUGUGAUACUCACCGGGUACCAGACUGUGAAAGAGGCCUUGGUCCACAACGGGGAGGACUACACAGGCCGUCCUGUCAUCCCACUGUUUAAGGACACAUUUGCAAAUAAAGGCCUGGUGGCAUCAAAUGGAAACAAGUGGAAGCAGCAGAGGAGAUUUGCGCUCCACACACUCAGGAACUUUGGUUUGGGCAAGAAGACCCUGGAACUGUCCAUCCAGCAGGAGAGCCAAUAUCUGAAUGAAGCCUUUGCUCAGCAAGGUAAACCCUUCAAUGCCCAGCUGCUGAUACACAAUGCUGUAUCCAACAUCAUUUGCUGCCUGGUGUUUGGGGAUCGCUACGAGUACAGUGACAAGCAGUAUCAGACGAUCCUUCAGGAGAUGAAUGAGUUAGUGUAUUUAGAGGGAGGAGUAUGGGCACAGAUUUUUAACAUGCUGCCCUGGCUGAUGAAGAGGCUUCCUGGACCUCACCAGAGGAUCUUCGCUCUGACAUAUAAGAUUCUUGACUUCAUGAAAAUCAAGGUCAGAGAACACAGAGAAGACUUUGACCCCUCCUCGCCAAGAGACUACAUCGACUGCUUCCUCGCAGAAAUGGGAGAGGUGGAGGAUCCAGAUUCUGGCUUUGAUCUGGAAAAUUUGUGCCUUUGUACACUGGACCUGUUUGCUGCUGGAACUGAAACCACUGCCACCACUCUCCACUGGGGACUGCUAUACAUGAUCUACUACCCUCAUAUACAAGAGAAGGUCCAGGCUGAGAUAGAUGCUGUAGUUGGUUCAUCCAAGCAACCCUCCAUGACUGACAGAGAAAACAUGCCCUAUACUGAUGCAGUCAUCCAUGAGAUCCAGAGGAUGGGAAACAUUUUACCUCUCAAUGUGCCCCGCACAGCAAACAAGGAUACCACACUUGGAGAAUACACAAUCCCCAAGGGCACCAUGAUCCUGUCAGUGCUGCACUCAGUUCUGCAUGAUGAGUCUAUGUGGGAGACUCCACACACCUUCAAUCCUCAACACUUCCUGGACAAGGAUGGCAAGUUCAGGAGAAGAGAGGCCUUCAUGCCUUUUUCAGCCGGGAAGCGAGUGUGUCUGGGGGAACCACUGGCCAGGAUGGAGUUAUUCCUCUUCUUCACCUCCCUCCUUCAGAGGUUCUCAUUCUCUGCACCUAAAGGAGAGGAGCCCACUUUGGAGGACAAGUCGGGAGCCACUCGCUGUCCCAAACCUUACCGCCUCUGUGCCGUACCAAGAUAAACCCCUCACUUUCUGAUCCUGCUCUGUGCCAUAAUGAUAAAUACCACGUUUAGAAAAAAAAAAAACCUGAAGAAGAGCAUAAAUAGAGGAUAUAUAAUAUAAAUUUAGAGGAAGAGCAUUAAAUUUCAAAAUUUGAUAUUUUGCCUUCAUAUCCUAAUGCCUCUGUGUUUAGUCAGGAUUAAUCAUCAUUUCCAAUAUUCUGCCAGCAAUGCUCAAUAUUCAACACAAGAAUUUCUACAGCAUGUUCCUGUUUAAUCAAACAGAGAAAUUGUUUUCUGCUGCACUUACUGUAUGUCAUACUAUUGCUCCUGUAUACCACAAUGCUGUUUUAGAUUGUCCUACAGUAUAAGCAAAAUAUAAUUCAGAUCACAUCAGUCUUUUGAAAGAAUUACC